AUGAAGAAUUCAACAACAAUGGCAUCGUAUAGUGCUCCAUCCGCCAGAUACGUAACAUAUGCAGAUUGGUUACAAGAUGCCCAUAAUACUGAUGACGUGUACUACACGUAUAAUGGACGCUUAGUCAAUAAUAUGGAAGGGAUUCCGAAAUAUGCAUUGUUAAAAGUGCAUUAUCGUCUGCGAGGUGGUAAAGGCGGUUUCGGAUCUAUGUUACGAGCUAUUGGGAGUCAAAUCGAGAAGACAACCAACCAUGAAAUGUGCAGAGAUUUAUCAGGUAGGAGAAUGCGUGAUGUAAAUCUGGAAAAAAAACUAAAGGAAUGGUAUGCUACGGCUGACGAACGGGAGCGUAAGAAAGCAGAAGAAUAUGUAGAAAGACGACGAAGACGCCAAGAAUUAUUAAAACAGGGUCUUUUACCUGGACAUAGUUUUUCAGAUCGUGAAUAUGAGCGACAGAAACGCAAAAUUGCAUACGAACUACGCUCAGCCUUGAAUACAGCCAUAGAGAGUGUUAACAAAGAGAAGGGACAAACGGAUAGUACAUCUUCCAUUUCAUCAGAAAAGCAGCUAAAUCCAAAGCGUGCUCGAUUGUGGAUAGAAGAAAUGGAUAAAGCACUGUCUUCGAGUUCUAGCGAUGAGGAAAUCUUGGCUAACUCAUCAUCUGACAGUUCCUCUAAUCUUGCAAAACAAGAUGAUAAUCUCUCCGUCGAAAGUAAUACUGAAGUCACAACAGAAUCUACAGAAUUUGACAGUAUUAGAAGCGAUGCAAUCGGUGAAAAUAAUAAAGAGUUCCUAAAUGCAUGUGACAAUACUUCAACAGAAGCUGCACAACCUUUGACUGACCAACAAUUGCGUGAAGUAGAAACUGCUGAAAAUUUGGAAGUGUUUGGCUUGAAUGUGCUCAAAGAAACCUUAAUGGCUCGGGGUUUAAAAUGCGGAGGAACGUUAAAAGAACGAGCUAGUCGGUUGUUUUCUAUCAAGGACUUAGGUUCUGACCAAUACCCUGUAAAGCUACUAGCGAAGAAAAAAUAG